UUCCGGAGCGGCAUUUGGUCGACCCUUCACUGAAUGCUGAUCUCCUCCACCCUUGACAAGCCAAACAUUAAUUUCCUGUCUAAUUCAAACUGACAUCUCUUCUCUGAUGAUGUGUUUACUGGCGUGAGGGCGGGGCAACCUGUCACUCACAUGACAUCACAGCAAUAGCAAACCACAACCACAAAAUCAAGUCUCUCCUUACAUUGUUUUCUUAUUCAAGAAGCCGUUUCACUUGGAUAUACGUCUAGGGUUGCAAAGGGGCAGAAAGUUUCCGGUGCGUGUGAGACAUCUGUCUCUGCCCGCUCUGAACCCUCCCUGAUGGGCGGCUGGUCCCGCAGUGCCGUGCUGCAGCUGUACCGAGCUCUGCUCCGUGCAGGUCAACACCUACAGUACACCGACCGCGAUUACUACCGGCGUGCAGUGACCCGAGAGUUCAGACGCUGUCAGACCCUCAACGCCCCAGCAGAGAGGGAGGACGCGCUGAAGAGAGGCCAGUUCUUCCUCAACAGCAGGCUGGGCGGCUUGGUGUAG